CUCAUGUUGGAAGAUGCCAGCUACCUCAUAUGAAAGAGUGGUUUACAAGAGCCCCUCAGAGUACCACUACAUGAAAGUCCGCCUAGAGUUUCAAGAACAAGGAGUUGAACUGAAUGCAGCACAGUUCAAACAGCUGCUUGUUUCAGCCCUGAGGGACCUGUUUGGGGAGGUAGGUGCUUCUUUGCCUGUGGACGUCCUAACCUAUGAUGAGAAGACCUUGUCAGCCAUCUUAAGGAUCUGCAGCAGUGGUCUGGUCAAAUUGUGGAGCUCUUUGACCUUGUUCGGAGCCUAUAAAAACAAGAAAUGUGCCUUCAGAGUGAUUCAGGUGUCUCCCUUUCUCCUUGCAUUGUCUGGGAAUAGCAGGGAACAAGUACUGGACUGAAUAUUCUUACAGCCCAGAGACCUCCGCGCUCAACACUCUCUUUUGCUGUCUGCAUAGUUUGAAAACAGAAGCAAGCGUCUGCUGAUGACAUC